GUGCAGACAUUCUCAGAUACCAAAUCGGUUGGCUAAUAAAGACCUCAUGCCUCCAUUUCCUUAUUCAUCACUCUUCCCAUUUACUUUUCCUUCCGUCUGCUUCUCCUCCUUCAGUCUUUUGGAGAUAUAGACAAGUAUGAAGAGGAAGAAGCUGAAGAUGGAGUUGAUGAGGGUGAAAUAUGAAGAGGAAGAGCCUCCACAACCAACCAAGGAGGAAUUGGAAAAUGGAUAUGGCAAAAAUUAGCACCAUGAACAAUUUACUUGAUAUUUUCCGCAUGCUAAAUUUACAUACGUUCAAAUUAAAAUAAUAAUAUUAUAAUUUUCGUGUAAUAAUGUUUGUGGCUGACGAUUUUACAAAAUUUCUUACUUCUCUGGUACGGUGGUACCAAUCAAACAUCAAUGCCUCCAACCAAAUUCUUUAUUUUAUAUUUAAUUAUAUUCUUACUUCAUUUAUAUUAAUUUGUAUUAUGUAUUAAAUUGUUGUAAUUUGAUGUGGAAAAUAUUUUAGAUUGGUAUGCUUAACUAGAUUUUGGCCUCUAUUCUUUAUUGGAGAUAUGUUUGUUUGGACGGAGUGUGUGUGUUUAUUAGAGUAUAGAAGUUAUAAAAGACAGAUUUUAACUACGUUGAUUUUUGGCAAAUGGGUUAUUAUCCGUACUUAAUUUUAUUUUCUAUUUUCUUAUAUGCAUGCCAUCUUAGGUAACCGUUUUUUAAAGUUGUCAAUAUUUCAAUUAUCAAAAGCCAAAAUUAAUUUAUACGAUUCCUAGAGAGCAAGCAUAGGUGCAAGUGUGCAACUAAAAUUAAAUGUCAAGUGAGGUUUGAUUGUAUUUUUGAAAUCUCAAGAGAAGUUCACAUAUUUUUGUCAAACUUAAUGGGAGGUCUAUAUAUUUUUUAAACCUUAGGGAAGGUUGCAUCUAUUUUUGAAAUCUCUACUAUAGAAAAGGGAUUAUCUCUUUCUUUGUCUGGUUUGUAACAUUCUCAAAAUUUUUAAAAAAGUCUCUAUCGCUCAUGAAUAUUUUCAAAAAUUUUCCUAUAACUACCCAUAACUAUCAUAAAAUAAUAUUUUUCUAUAAAUAUAUUUAUUAUUUUAAAAGAUUAUUUAUUAUUUAUUUUUAAAUUUUUAUUACAACUAUCACUCAAAAGCCGUACCGGUGUGUAUAUAAAAUAAUUCACCAAACGUUUGGAUGGUGAAUUAUGGGAUGACAACACCAUCAUCAUUGUUUGAAAUUAGAUGGAUGAGGAUGGUAUUAUUAUUAUUAUUAUUAUUAUGGUAUUUUGCUAAUCAUAUGAUGUUUUGGGUAUGGUUAAUAUGGCAAAUUAUAAACUGGCAUUUUUUGACAGAAUUAAUCACCAUCAAAAUGUUAAUACUUGGAAUGUUUCAACUGCAUAUGUUUAUGAUAGGGCUUAGCCAGUUUAUUGAACAGGUAAAAAGGAGCUUUCUUCAUUAACUUGUAGAUCUCUCUCUCUCUCUCUACGUAUAUAUUAUAUGCGUGUGUGUGUGUGUGUGUGCAUGCAUGCACGCUCUGUAUGAAGCUGUGAAAUGAGCCAUUUGUCCCAAAAGAGUUGAAUGAUUCUAGGCAUUUUCUGUAUCAAUUACGAGCUAUUGCCAACUUUUCCCUCUAAUUGUAUAUUAUUCCUUGACGUUGUAAUUUUAAUUGGUAAGACAUCUUAAAAAAUAUAUGUGUGCAGCUUUCAGGAACUGGUUAUCUAUAGUGUAUUUGGUGCUUAGAAAGUGAGUCUUCUUUACAGGAAUUUCCAUCAACCAAGGUGGUGUGAAAUACUACUGGAUUGGCAAGAAUAGCGAAGUACCACAGCUAGUGCAAGUUUGUAUUAUGGGUUCUGAUAAGCAGUCUUCAGGUUUACUGGAUACCCUCAGAAUGGAGAGGGUUAGAACAAUUCUUACUCACACGUAUCCUUACCCGCAUGAGCAUUCUCGCCAUGCUAUAAUUGCUGUAGUAGUGGGUUGCCUCUUUUUUAUCUCAUCUGACAACAUGCAUACCUUAGUACAAAAGUUGGACAACAAUAUUAAAUGGUGGUCUAUGUACGGCUGCUUGCUUGGAUUCUUCUAUUUCUUUUCAUCUCCAUUUGUAGGGAAGACAAUUAAACCAAGCUAUUCAAAUUUCAGUCGGUGGUAUGUUGCCUGGAUUUUUGUGGCAGCUUUAUACCAUCUUCCCAGUUUUCAAUCUAUGGGAGUGGAUAUGAGGAUGAACCUUUCAUUGUUUUUAUCAAUCUAUAUUUCAUCCAUUUUAUUCCUUCUUGUUUUCCAUAUUAUGUUUCUUGGACUUUGGUAUGUUGGUCUGGUUGCUCGUGUGGCUGGAAAGAAGCCAGAGAUUUUGACCAUCCUUCAAAAUUGUGCAGUUAUAAGUAUAGCCUGCUGUGUAUUUUACAGUCACUGUGGCAACCGUGCUAUUUUAAGGGCGAGGCCCUUUGAGCGAAGAAAUUCUAGCUGGUUCUAUUUUUGGACGAAAGAAGAGAGAAAUACAUGGUUUGCAAAAUUCCUUCGAAUGAAUGAACUGAAAGACCAGGUCUGCUCAUCUUGGUUUGCGCCUGUUGGAUCAGGUAGUGAUUAUCCACUUCUGUCCAAGUGGGUUAUAUAUGGGGAGCUAGCUUGCAAUGGCACAUCUGGCUGUCCAUCGGACGAAAUCUCCCCCAUUUACUCAUUAUGGGCAACAUUUAUAGGCCUCUACAUUGCAAACUAUGUUGUGGAAAGAUCAUCAGGAUGGGCUCUUACUCACCCUUUGUCAGUUGAAGAAUAUGAGAACUUGAAGAAAAAGCAAAUGAAGCCAGAUUUCCUGGAUAUGGUUCCUUGGUAUUCAGGAACAUCGGCUGAUUUAUUCAAGACAGUCUUUGAUCUCCUGGUAUCAGUGACUGUAUUUGUUGGCCGCUUUGACAUGCGUAUGAUGCAGGCGGCAAUGAGCAAUGUUCAUGGUGGGACUCAAAAAGCUGAUCUUUUAUAUGAUCAUUUUAGUGAAAAGGAUGAUUUUUGGUUUGACUUCAUGGCUGAUACGGGGGAUGGUGGAAACUCAUCCUACACUGUGGCACGGCUACUUGCUCAGCCUUCCCUUCACCUUUUCAGCAGUGACUCUGUGCAUACCUUACCACGUGGAGACUUACUUCUUAUUGGAGGGGAUCUUGCGUAUCCCAAUCCGUCAGCCUUCACAUAUGAAAGACGCUUCUUUUGUCCUUUUGAAUAUGCCCUACAACCUCCCUUGUGGUAUAAACCGGAGCAUAUAGCUGUAGACAAGCCAGAGUUACCUUUUGGGUUGUCUGAGCUGAAGCAAUAUGAUGGGCCUCAGUGUUAUAUUAUCCCUGGCAAUCAUGAUUGGUUUGAUGGGCUAAACACUUUUAUGAGGUAUGUAUGUCAUAAGAGCUGGUUGGGUGGGUGGUUUAUGCCUCAGAAGAAGAGCUAUUUUGCUCUGCAACUCCCUAAAAGAUGGUGGAUUUUUGGCCUUGAUCUGGCUCUCCAUGGUGAUAUUGAUGUGUACCAGUUCAAAUUCUUCUCAGAAUUAACAAGGGACAAGGUUGGAGAUGAUGAUUCCGUGAUCAUCAUGACACAUGAACCAAGUUGGCUUGUUGAUUGGUACUGGAGCGAGGUUUCUGGGAAGAAUGUUUCCCACCUGAUAUGUGAUUAUCUAAAGGGAAGGUGUAAGCUUCAAAUAGCUGGGGACUUGCAUCAUUAUAUGCGUCAUUCAUAUGUUCCAUCAGAGAAGCUGGUUUAUGUGCAACAUCUACUUGUAAAUGGAUGUGGUGGGGCAUUUCUGCAUCCCACCCAUGUCUUCAGUAAUUUCAACAAGUUGUAUGGAACUUCCUAUGAAAGCAAGGCUGCUUAUCCUUCAUUUGAAGAUUCAAGCAGGAUUGCUUUGGGAAAUAUUUUGAAGUUCCGGAAAAAAAAUUGGCAGUUCGAUUUCAUAGGUGGCAUUAUAUACUUUGUAUUGGUUUUUUCUAUGUUCCCACAGUGUAAGCUUGAUCAUAUCUUGCAAGAUGAUUCUUUUUCUGGUCGCUUGAGGAGUUUCUUUGGCACAGCAUGGGAUGCUUUUAUGUACAUGCUGGAACACUCUUAUGUAUCGUCAGCAGGUGCCAUGCUAUCACUUGUAGCGGCAUUUGCAUUCCUUCCAUCCAAAGUGUCACUAAAGAAACGGGCAAUUAUUGGAAUCCUUCAUGUUUCUGCCCACCUGGCUGCAGCACUAAUUCUCAUGUUGUUGUUGGAGAUUGGAAUUGAGACAUGCAUACGGCAUAAUCUACUAGCAACAUCAGGUUAUCACACUUUAUAUCAAUGGUAUCGAUCAGUGGAGAGCGAGCACUUUCCAGAUCCAACUGGCCUUCGAACUCGUAUAGAACAGUGGACCUUUGGCCUUUACCCUGCCUGUAUUAAGUAUCUCAUGUCUGCAUUUGAUGUUCCUGAGGUCAUGGCUGUCACAAGAAGCAGUAUCUGCAAGAAAGGGAUGGAAUCACUUUCCCGUGGCGGUGCUAUCAUAUACUAUGCUUCUGUUUUUCUCUACUUCUGGGUCUUCUCAACCCCCGUGGUGUCUUUGGUGUUUGGAAUCUAUUUGUAUAUCUGCAUUAAUUGGUUAAAUUUACACUUUGAUGAAGCAUUCUCCUCACUCCGCAUUGCUAACUACAAGGCAUUUACUCGAUUCCAUAUUAACCGUGAUGGUGAUCUUGAAGUCUUCACCCUUGCAGUUGAUAAGGUUCCAAAGGAAUGGAAACUGGAUCCUGAUUGGGAUGAGGAGACAAAACAACCAGAUCAGCCAAGCCACUUCAGAAAGUAUCCUAGCAAAUGGAGUGCAGCUACCCCUCAACAGGAUCCUUUAACUACGGUCCGAAUUGUUGAUCACUUUGUUAUUCAACAAACAAAUAAACCUGAUCAUGGAUCAAGCAAUGGGUCUGUUACUGACCAUGCCUAUUAAAAUUGUAGCAUAGUUGUAAUUUUUAAUUUUUUUACCAAGCAAUGGGGAAAAGUAGUUAGUUCUGUAUAGAAA